AUGGCGCAAAAACCGCAGACUCUGGAUGGAAAGUUGGCCAUCGUGAGCGGGAGUUCCAAAGGCAUCGGGGCAGCUAUAGCCAUCGAGCUGGCUUCGAGAGGCGCUCUCGUGGUCACAAACUAUCCGUUUGCUUUACUUGAACAAGAAGCCGAUUCCACUUUGGAAAAGAUUCGAGCCACCGGCGGGAACCAUGUGAGCGAGUGCUUCGCUGUCGAAGCCGAUCUAUCAACGGUGGACGGUCCCAGACACCUCGUCGAACAGGCCGUCAAGCGCACCAAUGGUCGCAAAGUCGACAUCCUGGUCAACAACGCCGGCAUCGCCUGGAUGACAUUCCUCAAGAACGUCACCCUCGAGGAAUGGGACGGGCAGGUCAACUUGAACGGUCGCGGGACGCUGCUUCUGACCCAAGCUGUCUUGCCGCAUCUGGCCAAACCGAGCAGGAUUGUCAACCUGAGCUCUAGCGGAGCCCGACAACCAUAUCCAGGAGCGAGCGUCUAUAACGGGACGAAAAGCAUGAUAGAGAGUUUUACUCGAUGCUGGGCUGUGGAGCUGGGUCGGGAGUAUGAGUGUACUGUCAACGCCAUUUGUCCUGGAGCCACGAAUACCGAUGCAUUCAACGGAUUGAUAGGCCCGACUCGAGACAGCCUUGAGCCAAUGCUGGCCAUGACCCCUGCGGCAUCUCGACUUGGAGAGACCGAGGAGAUCGCAUAUGCGGCCGCCUUCUUUUGCGAGGAAAGGGCCCGGUGGAUGACUGGCGUCUGCUUGGGUGUGAACGGCGGGACGCAUAUGGCAUGA